AUGAAGUUAUUGGACAUUUUACUCAAUCUGACAAGCUUAUUCCAGUCAAUAUUGGACAUGCCUGAAGAUGUUAGUUGGAACGUAGACGACGGUUCAUGUGUGUAUCCAAGAAGUCCAGCAAGUGUCUUGUGUGUGUUCGCAGCAAUAUUUCUUUUCACUGCUCAGAUUAUAAUCAGUGUUGGUGCUAACUGCUUUUGUUGUUGCGGUGUUCGUUGUGUUUCACGGUGUACUACUAUUGCUUCACUUAUUCUAUUCGUCUUGUCCUGGGUUUCAUUUUUUAAAGCAUUUGUACAAUUCAUAGGCACAGCUAUUCUAAACAACAGCAACUAUUUAUCACGUAAACAUUCAACAACCUGCUAUGUUGAAACGAGAAGGCUUAUCUUUAGGGCAGCUAUUUGGUGCAUAAUUACACUAAUUUUAAGCCUAAGUUCUUACGCUUUCUAUGCGUGUACUUCUGAGGCUCAACACAGAAAUGUUAAUCUACAAGGGACUGCUGGUUCUGACGUCGGUGUUGCAAUGGGACAACCUCAUAUGCGUCAUAUGCAAAUGUCAAAGGACCAAUGUUGA